AUGGCACAGAAAACAGACCCCCUCCCACCAUAUCAUCUUCCUAAGGAGAAUAGGUCCGUCAGGACGCCUCCUGAAAUGAAUAGAACUGAGCAGCUCAUCUGGUGGCGCGGUGAGGAUCGCAUCGUCAACAACACCGUCAAUUCUGCCCAUGUUACACUUGCCAGACGUGGCUACAAGAUUCAGCAAAUGCUGGGCAUUCCCAAUCAAUACGGCAUGUUUUCGUCCGGUCCUGCUCGCCUACAAGCUUAUGAAGGGUAUUUGGUGGCACAUUUAGCUUUCCUCCUUUUGUUCCUUAUUGUUGUUGCAGCGGUUCUUAUGCUGCGUUAUCUUGUCGAGUCGAGAGAAUUCUCGAUUCUUAAAUUAGUAUCGGCUUAUUUGAUGUUUGCGAUUCCCCUGAUUGCCAUUGCUUGGCUGAUAGUGGUUUUCCAUCGUCGCCGUUCGCCGGAUUAUGUCUGGACCAAAGGUUGGAAAUUACACACGGUAUAG